AUGGACAACAGACCUGCCUCCGAGUACGCGCAGUCAGGUUCGCACUUUCCAUAUCCACCGUCUGCCGCUGCGAAUUCUGAACACCCAGCUGCAGACCAGGCUUCUGCUGCUGCCACUGCUCAAUACACGCCUCAGCAAGAGGUCCGUCCUACCCCUCAGUACACGCCUCAACCCGAGGUUAGACCUGCCUCUGCCGCCGCCGCCGCCAACAUUUCGUCCUCCAACACACCGCAGUCGGACUACGGUCUGAACCAGCCGCCCGCCGCGCGCUCACCUGCUUAUCCGGACUACCUCGCCCGCCCGCCUCAAUACCAUCACGCCCCCAACACCCAGGCCGGUGGUGCGGCAGGUAUGGCUCAAGCAACAAGUCCGUCCAUGACCACCCUCCAUGAUGGGCACCAAAAUGACCAUCGCAAUCACUCGAACGUGAAGUCUGACGCGGACGUUCCUAUAGAUCCCUCAAUCGCGGCAUCCAGCCCUACCUAUCCUCCUCCCUAUUCGCCCUAUCAGCCUCAGGGUCAUGACAUGGCUCAGUAUCAGGGUCAUCCUCCCCCACCUCCUCCUCAGAUGUAUGGGCGUCCGGAAUGGUCGCAUGGUUAUGGACAGCACCAGCACGGUCUUCCUGGACCCUAUAGCGCUCCUGCUACAACGGUUGGUCCCGCCUCCCCUGCUGCGACCGCAGGGCCGCGCCCUGGCCAGGUCUACUCUUUUGUGCCCAUUCCUGGGGCGCAACAGCACAAACGACCCCGGCGUCGUUAUGAGGAAAUCGAACGUAUGUACAAGUGCGGCUGGAACGGGUGCGAGAAGGCUUACGGUACCCUCAACCACCUGAACGCCCACGUUACUAUGCAAUCGCACGGAGCUAAGCGGACUCCCGAAGAAUUCAAAGAAAUCCGCAAGGAAUGGAAAGCUCGAAAGAAGGAGGAAGAAGCCCAGCGCAAAGCUGCCGAGGAGCGUGAACGUGCUGCCGCCGCUCAGGCUGCUCAGGCGAACCAGGUUGAUGCCCCCGGUCCUACCGAUCCCGCGCAGGCUCAACCUCCUGCUUACGCCAGCGGUGUUCGCCCUCAGCUGCCGCCAAUCGGCUACCAACCUGCCGACGGCCAAGUACCGGGGCAGUACGGCGGUGCCGGUGGCAUUGUGUACCAGGGUAAUGGCCAGAUGGCCUAUCCUCCAAACUAUCCUCACUCCCCGUAUGGACAAAGCGGGCAGGUGUAUCAGCAACCUUCAACGUUCGGAGUCUCGACGGUUGCGCAUCCGGCUACCUGGGUCGAAAGAUUGGGCUUUACAAAGGGAUUUUGGGGAAUCAGCAAUGCCGCUGCGCUUCGGACCGGUGUCCAGCACACUGUCGGACUGAAAGGUCUGCCGGCCUCAAGAUGGACUCAAGCCUCUCGGAGCAUCCCAUAUGCUGCUCCUCUUGCACGCGCCACACAGCGAGGUCGAGUUGCGCGGCAACCUGGAGCCUCGGUGUCAAUUUCCGGCAUGAAGUGGUACUCGACAGAGGCUUCGGGGUUAGCCGCUGCGCUUGAGCAAAGUGCUGCUGAUUCAACGACGAGUUUCGUGGACGGCGUACCGCAGCAGAAGCAGAGCCGGAGUUUGAAAAAGGUGGACCAGGAUAAUUCGCUGUUGGAGAUCGCUAUGGCUGGGACGUCUCCCGAUCAUGGUAUCGGCGCGGGCAACGUCUCGAAGAAGAAGGUGAAGAUGGAGUUGAAGUGGUUGAUGGAUCCCAAGGCGCUGGCGGACCGGGUCGCGAAGAUCUUAAAAGCCGACAAUGUGGCUCUCGCGGUGGCGCUUGUUCGCACGGCGCAAAAGGAGAAUAUGGAGUGCUCAGUGGCGUGGAAUCACUUGCUUCAGUACUGUAUGGAGAAGAACCAACCCAAAGCGGCAUGGAAGCUCUACAAUGAGAUGAAGAAGCGUGGACGAAAGCCUACUUCCUGGACUUACACGAUUAUGUUGUAUGGUCUUGCCACGGUGAAGAGAGAAACGCGCCUGGGAUUGAAUCCCGUGAAAACUGCUUUGUCAAUUUACAGAUCUAUCUAUGACAGCAACUCUGCAGUCAACCCUUCUAUCAUCCACAGUAACGCCAUGCUCACCGUAUGUUGUCGCCAGGGACACAUGGAUACACUUUGGGAGGUUGCGAGCGAGCUACCCGAGGAGGGGCCAGACUCGCCGGAUGCUCUGACAUACACCGUUAUAUUGAGAGCCAUUACAAAUGCCCUUAAAUCCGACGUGGGAGAGAUGUCUGAGAUUGAUCGCAUCUUGGAACGCAGGGCUAAGGCCGUCAAGGAAGGCAAACGAAUCUGGUCUGAUGUUGUUUACCGGUGGAGCAAGGGUCAAAUUGACUUAGACAGCCAACUCGUGCGUACAAUGGCCCACCUUUUGUUGCAAAGUGGCAGCGACCGCGAUUGUUACGAUGUCUUCGCACUGAUGAAUCAAACUACUGGCAUUCCCAUCCUGGCAAAGAAGCCUCCACCUGAGGGCCAGCGGAAGCCUGAGAUGGUCAGACGUCAAGAGAGCCGAUCCGCAGAAAAUAAGGAGUUGGAAGACGUUCCCUUUGUAGACGAAGGCAACCGACCGUACAGACUAGCAGAGACCGAAAUGGAAGAACCCGAAGAAAAGGAAGAGGAAGAAGAGGAUGAGAAUGAGGAUUUUGAAAAUCUUUUUGACCCAGUGGUGUCUACCGAUUCCGCUUCCACGAUGAAGAAAGGCACCAUUGGUCCAUCCUACGUUGUCCCAGGUAACAAGGAGCUCACCAGAAUCAUAGAGGCUUGUUCGACCAUGACUCAGGGUCUUGGUGUUGGAAAAGCUUACUGGCAGCAUCUAACGCUUGAGGAUCACGAGUAUACCAUCAAGCCAGACAUGGUUUCGUUCCAUGCAUACUUACGACUGCUAAGAAUGGCUCGCGCUAGUCGUGUUGCGGUCGAGGUUAUGCGCGACCAGAUGGCCGAACCAAUAGGGAAAACGUUUCACAUCGCCUUGAGCUCUUGUCGUCGUGAUCGCAGGAAUAUUAAUGUUUUCAAGAAUGCCAAUGAACUAUUGGCACUGAUGGACAAGUCCUUGGUCCUUCCCCACGCCAGGGCGCUUGAAUCAUAUCUUGACCUCGUGCAAGUACUACACGACAAUCCGCAGCAUCUCGUAUCAUUAAAUGGUCUGAACCUGCAGCGGAAAUCUUCAGAUAGCCUCGGCACCAUGGGUCGGAGAUUACAGCUGAGCUUGCAGACUGUUGCUCUGGAGCACCUGCGUCCUCACAUUGACAAACUUCAUGAGGCUAUGAAGAACGGGAGGGUUUCGUAUAUUACAGGGCAGGACCGUCCCGGACAGCCAGGGGACGAGACAGUUUCUGGUCCGCCCGCUCACAGGGUGAUGGUUCGCACGCGAGGUCUCAUUGACGCGAUUCUCAACCCCGAAAAUGCGUCCUUACUUUCCAAAUCGGACCGUGAUCGAUUCAAGCAGGAGUCGCGGAAGCUCCGCGAAUACUCGGACGUUGAUAUGGUCAAAAUGUUCGCAAACGCUCGAGUGCAUCCAACGCUUGCACAGGUCAUGGCUUUCCAGGAGAAGCAUGACCCUAAACAGAACCUUGGCGAGGCCGACUAA